CUGCCGUGUAACGAACAAGUAGAGGCGGUAAACAAAUGAAGAAAUUGGUCGUUUUGGACGGCUGAUUUACAGUUUUGUGGAGUAAUAGCUGUACACAUAGCAGGAGAAUGAUUUCAGCACUAGUUUCGCGUCUCGUUAUACUGCUGUUUGGGACCCUUUACCCAGCGUAUGCUUCCUACAAGGCUGUCCGGACAAAGAAUGUCAAAGAAUAUGUGAAGUGGAUGAUGUACUGGAUUAUAUUUGCCUUAUUUACCUGUGUGGAGACAUUUUCAGACAUGUUCAUUGCAUGGAUCCCGUUUUACUAUGAAAUCAAGAUUGUGUUUGUCUUAUGGCUGUUGUCUCCUGUCACAAAAGGCUCCAGCUUUCUCUAUAGGAAAUUUGUUCAUCCACAAUUCUCCAAAAGAGAAAAGGAAAUAGAUGACUAUAUAGCUAAAGCCAGUGAUAAAGGUUAUACCACCCUGAUUAGUCUAGGCUCCAAAGGUAUUACAUAUGCAACAAAUGUGGUCUUACAGACUGCUAUUAAGGGUCAAUCAAAGCUAGCGGACCAGAUUCGCAGGAGCUACAGUAUGAGUGACAUAGCAUCCUCAGGUUCCGGAGAUGCAAUUGAGAUAAUUGACGACUCCCCAGAAUUCAGCGAGGAUGAAUUAGAUAAUAGGAUAGCAGAGGACAAUCGAGAGCUGGAGAGGAAACGUGACCAGGUGAAGAGGAGGAAAAAGAUCCAGCGGGCAGCCUCUAGUGCAGGUCCUUUGUACAGUCUGUCAGAGGAGGAAUCUGAGACGUCCUUAACCAAAGAAACGAGCACAAUGCAUCGUGGUAAACAUCAUGAGUCCCGCUACAGCACCAGAAGCAGCUAUUCCACAUCAGAGGCUGUUCCAUUACUCACUGAGAGUAUUCCACAGAGCUUGCCAGUCUCUAAGCGUUACAUUUCCACAAGUGUUCACACUUCCACUUCCAAAAGUGUGCACACCUCCACCUCUUCUGGUGUGUACAAAUCAACAUCUGCCAGUGUGUACACCUCCACCUCAAGGCUGUACACCUCCUCCUCUACUGGGAACUUGAGUUGUCUGCCAGAUUACAGCUCCUCUUCCUCUUACUCACACGGCAAAUAUACCACCCCUGGUUUGCUGAGCAUUAAGUCCCCAAGGUCCACUGGCUACACAUACCAAUCAACCGAGUGGUCCCCAUCAGAGUACACAUCCACACCCAGGUCCCCCAGCUACCAACAUUUCUCCAAGUCUUUGACCAGCCUGGGCUCCUAUUCAGCAUACCCACGGUCCAACCUGAGCCCCUACUCCACAUACAUGUACUCUCUGUCCCGAAGGCACUGGAGAACCAACUUGAAUUAGACAGCCCUUAGUAUUUCUUCCAGUCCGACCAGCCUAGGCUCCUAAUCCACAUAUGGUAAAUGACCUAAAGUUUCGCACGUGAAUUGUGUUGGCGGCAAGAUGAUAGAAGAAAAUGAUCAGAAUCGUACUCCAUGCGAGGUUUUUGAAAACUACCAGGAUGUACAAUGUGCUUUUGCCCCUUCUCAGUCCCACUGUGUACGAGUUUGAUACAUCGGGAGACAGGAUUCGUUUGAGUUCUUAUCAUAUUAGGAUUUCACACAACACCAUCACUGGCUUUAUAUCAAACUAAAAUGCAUGUUUAUGAUUUCCUGUAUACAGUUUUGCUCAGGCAUGGUUUACUUGUCGCCAGCAGCAGGUAUGAGAUCGGGAAGAGCUAUAUAUCUGCAAGGGAUAUACAGAAUGCUCGACCUUCAUUCCCAGCUUAUCCACAAACUAAAGAAGUCUACAAGUAUGGUAAACAAUUGCUCUUUGGCAGCUUGUGUAAGACUUUUUCCUAGUUUAAGAACCAUUUCAGGACAAAAGACCCGGCGAACUAAAGCCCCAUGUUCACUAUAAUACUAUAUUAGAUUAUUGAGAAUCAUUGUCUUUAGAGAUGUCAGGCUAUAUUGUGUAAAUUAUAUUUUGAGAAUAGAAAAUCAGCUUGCAGCUUGUGUAAGACUUUUUUCUAUUCUAAGACCACAAAUCUGAUACAUAUGUCAGUAUUUUCUAUCCUGGAAAUAUAGGACCUGGCACAAUAAGGCAGAGAAUAAGCCCCAGAGAAGUUGGAUAAGAAAGUGCAAAUUUCAAAAUCUCAGCACAAUUCUGUACAUUUCCAAAACAGAAGUGUAAAACUUGGUCAAAACACUCAUGGAAGUUAUAAUGCCAUAGAAGAGAUGGUUGCUUAGUAGUGACCCGUCAAAAAUGCACUCUCAAUCAAAAACUUUUUGUUUAAAUGAGGCACUGUGUUUUUUAUUUACAGUGUGAAGAUCAACUUUAACCAGAACAAUAUCUUUACUGGAACUUUCCUUUGUGUACAUGUAUUUCUACGUGCUGUCAGAGUUUUGAUUGUGGUAACUUUUGUCUUCAUAUGUAAAAAAUAAACUUUAUAAUGUGAUAGUUUUUUCAUAAUUAGGCAACUUAAAAAUCUGUAUUUCCUCCAUACUCUGUCAGUCAUGUUUCAUAGUACAGUGAACUAACCGAGUCACUAUGGAGAACAGGUUGUAUUUCAAGGAAGAAUUGUAAUCUUUGUGAAGUUUUUUUUCCUCUGACAACAUACUUCUUGUGUGAGUAAAAAUGUAGGCUGUAUUGCAUUAAAUAAGUGUUAUCAUGAAUUAAACAGUUAAGCCAUGAUAUUAUGUAAUGUGAGGUAACUAUAGCGAAAUCCUACGUCAAUCCUGGUUGAGGGCACAAAUGGCCCUCUAGCUAUCGUUACCAUUAAACGUGUUACACGUAGCAGAAGUACAAGGAUAUACUUUUGUUAUGUAUGUAUUUAACUGACUGGUGCCUAACCGCGCUCAAGAAUUUUUCAGAAAAUUACAUUUGUGGCGCAUUGAUUUUCCCCAUUCUGCAGUGUUUAAUGCUAAAAAAAAGGUACAACUGGAGCAGGCUACGAGUUGUUCGAUGUUUUCACCUAUACAUUGCUUCAGUGCAUUCUUGCUAUAUACAAGAAAGGUGAAGAAAAGCGGAGCUGAAAAAAGAAAUGCCCUUACUAGUGUGUCAUCAGCUGUCCAUCACAACUACAGUCAGUUCUGCUACUUGAGGUGCACAGUUUCUUGCACUGGGGCAGAGUCCCCGCCUUACCAUACCAGAUCGUUUACAUGCCAUAGCCAAACAUCUCUAAUGAAAAUGGUUGGUUCCAGAUGCUUGUAGAAGUGUUGGUUUUAACAUCCUAGAAAACAAAAGAAAGAAAACCUGUUAUUAUUUUAUUCAAAAUUAAUAAUUUUCUUGGGAACUAUAAUAUGAAUUGUCUAAGUAAUCUAAAUUUAUCAAUACAUCUGUUGUAGUUAACACAUACUGUAAAAUUGCACAAGAUACCUAUAAACCGACUCCAAAGCGUACAUUACUGCAGAUGUGUGGUUAUUCUGUGAAUCAUAGUAAGUCAUAGCCUGUAAGCAAAUUGUGUAUAGUGAGAAUAAACAUAUUUGCUUGAAAACAGCAUUCGAUAAUAAUAUUUGACAUCAGAGAAAAUUUUUGGCGUAUUGUUUGGAAAUAGUAUGUGUACAAUGUUAAUGAGAGGAAGGCUGUUGCACCUGAAUGCCCAACUGGGAUAUGUUUUGAUGACACAUGUUUAAAUGGCAUACAAAGUCACACUAUAUGAAUUCCUGUCAACAAACAUUUAUCAUCCUGUUUUUCAAACUGUCGGGUAUGUUUUGCAGGUUAAUUAAGACAAUAGGAUCUUGUCUGCAAGGCUUUUGUCCAUGGGGUUUCUGUCCUGGAUUCAAAACAAUCAACCUAUUGCGAAACGCAUGUACUGAAAUCAUUACGAUUAAAAGUGAGGAAAACAUGACCUGUUGAUGGUUGGAGCAUAGACUCACUGCUCAUUGAAGCCUGAGUUUGUUUAUUUAUUACAUUCUUGAACUGUCAGUAUAAUCCUCUGACCACCCCUGAUGCUCUCCCGCAGUGCUUAGUCAACAACAACCGCAAUCAACGCGGUGAAUCCUGGGAUACACUUUCCAAUUCCCGAGGCGAAACUUUAGGUCCAUCCUGAAGGUACGGAAGACACAACUGGAAUUAGGCUUAAUCAGCCCCCAGUAUUUCUCCCAGUCUCUGAUCGGCCUGGUCUCCUACUGCACAUACUGAGUGUUCAGCUUUUGUUCCUGCUCAACAUACUCAAUGUCCAGCCUGGGCUCCUACUCCACAUACUUAAUGUCCAGCCUGGGCUCCUGCUCCACGUACUCAAUGUCCAGCCUGGGCUCCUGCUCCACAUACUUAAUGUCCAGCCUGGGCUCCUGCUCCACGUACUCAAUGUCCAGCCUGGGCUCCUACUCCACGUACUCAAUGUCCAGCCUGGGCUCCUACUCCACGUACUUAAUGCCCAGCCUGGGCUCCUACUCCACAUACUUAAUGCCCAGCCUGGGCUCCUACUCCACAUACUUAAUGUCCAGCCUGGGCUCCUGCUCCACGUACUCAAUGUCCAGCCUGGGCUCCUACUCCACGUACUCAUUGUCCAGCCUGGGCUCCUACUCCACGUACUUAAAUGUCCAGCCUGGGCUCCUACUCCACAUACUCAAUGUCCAGCCUGGUCUCCUGCUCAACACACUUACCAACCUGAAGGUACUGGAGAUCCAACUGGAAUUGUCUCAAAAGGUUUUGGCAGACACUUCUGGAGACCAACUCAUGUGCAAAUAUGCACAAAAGCAGAUUGACACGUACGGCACCAUGCCACGGAAGAAGACCAGAAAACGUCCCUCUGUCAAACACAUGAAAGACAACAACUGAGUUCCCAGUCACAAGACCAACGAAGAUCCUCCAAUUCCACUAGUAAUCUCCUCCUCGUCCUCUGUAUUCUGUGUGUGUCUUCCAGGUUGCUACAUCAGCAACACGUUACUGUGUGUCACUGGGAAGGACCAGGAGCAUCAACUUUCGGUACAGCAGUACUAUGCAGUCAGUGCAUGUAGGCCAUGUGAUAACACUUGCAUAUACUAUACCACUUCCGUGUCCACAACCGCUUACUGCUGGCAAGGAAAUGGAGUCCAGGAACAACGCUACUUUGUAGCAGAUUUCUAUCUUGCGUGCAUUGACUUUUUGUUACUCAAAACUUGCUCGCUUUCGUAAAUGGAUAAUACACAAAUAUAUAUAUAUAUACAUGAUUUUUUUUUUGUUAUUAUUAUUAUUUUUGAAUCUCCUUUGACAUAUAAAGGUUGUGGAAUUUUAUCAUGUGAAGCGAUUUUGACCCGAGAUGUUGGUAACUUACAGUAGAUUAUGUAACUGCUGUCAUAUCAUAAUGCAAAACAUCAAGGUGUUUAUUGGAGGCUUUUCCUUAUACAUUUGAAAUCCAUCCAAACCUUGGGUGCCUUGUAUUUUCAUCUCAGUGAAUUUUAUUGUGUCACUGGUGUGAUAUCAGAUUUGUAAGUCACUUCACAGGGGGUUUGGUUUUGAAUUGAAAUUUUUUGUAUAAACAGUGUAUUUCAUGUGGUGAAGGGGUAAGUUAAGAAUGCUGAGAAUCCUGUCUCCAAUGUGUGACUGGCUGCCUUGUUGGAUCAGUUCUACUGUGGUUAACUUGCUCACUGGUUGCACAAAUCGCCCUAGUUUUGUUAAAAAUCAAUGGAAUCUAACACCGACGACAAUUCUUUAUAUCUAUCUCAGUGUCGAUGACAUGGUUUCACUCAAUCCAACAUUUGAAAUUCUAUUGAUAAGGACAUAUUAGCCUUCUCUGAAGUGCUCAUCAUACACACACAGUAGGAGACGGCAUUCAUUUUUUUCUGGUGUUUUUUUUGUAUUGAACAUUCAUGCACAAGCAGCUAUGGCAACAUUCCAGUUGGAGACUGAACAUUUCUUCCUAGACAUUAAAGGGAUAGGGAAUUGUUUCUGAUUGGCUGGUGUGAUAGACAAGUCAAGGCUAGGCAGAGUCUGAGCUGACGGCAUUUUAGGCAUAGCAGGCUUAUUCAAGCAUGACCGAGGCUAUGGGGUUUAACUCCACUCUAAGCCAAUCAGCGCUGAUUCUUUAAUCUUUUAGAGGUUGUGAACCAGAAGACAGAAUCUUCACUUAAACGAGUAGGAAGGAUUUUUAGAGCCCUGCACUGAUCUAGAUAGUCUAGUGUGUUACUUUUCGAUCUUUUGCACCUCUUCACCUUGUUUUGCCUUUGGUUUGCCUUUGGUUUGGGUUGGGUAUCACAGUUUUGGCUUUAUAUGUGUUGUGUAUUUGUUUAUAUGGAUGUGUGCAAGUCAGAUGUGCCAUUGUAUAGUGUAAAAUACCAGGUCCAUUUCUGAUCACACCCUUCAUCUAGAGGGUUACCUGUAGCAUAAGAGUAGUCUUUGCUCAGGAAGGUUUUCAGCCUUUGUGUUUGCCCAGGAAGGUUUUCAGCCUUUGUGUUUGCCAAAACAAGCUCCCUGAAGACUGAAUUUGUUCAUUGAUGGUUUGAAAUAAUAAGUAGAUCUUCCCAUAACAAUAGAAUGGUUAAUAUUUUCAUAAUAUGUGGGAAACGACUUUACUGGUAUAUUUUUUAAGAAAUUGUUUUUUUCUUUGUCUUGAAAAUCUUUAUAAAUUAUUAAAAGGUAAAUGUGUUGGGAAUGAGGUGUGAGGUUGUCUUGCUGUAGUUGUUCAAAGAUUACGUCCUCUGGUAAUCAUCUACCUGUACCUAUACCUCAUUAGGGAAGAUACGAGAAAUCUUGAUGUGGCCCCCAUUCAUAUCGAGAUUGUUUUUUGAUUAUGCUAAUAAAUAUCCGUGGUCAGGUAACAAGAAUACUACAACAUGCUAUGAAAUGUCAUAACUUGCAAUUUCUGAGGGAAGGUUUUUUAAACCAGUUUGGAGAAUACAGGUUUAUGAUGUUGGUGUAUUAAGGUGAUUGUUAGAAGACGAUUUUUGAGUCUAAUUUCAUUUAGCAAUAGCAUUCAGGGAUGAAAUGCUAAUUACAAGAUGUACAUGUUUUCGUUUGCUUUGUUAUACGAGGUGGCUGGUUGCUCUAGAACGAAAACUUCCAAUGUGAUAUGGCUGAUGCCUUAUUAUCUACAGAGCUAUAUGUAGACUUUGCUUACUUCCCUGUGUGGUACAAGCACAUUGCCUUACCUGCUGUAUGAUCGGGUGGCUGAUGCCUCAACAUCUGUCUACCUAAAAAUCUGGGUCAGUGUAGAGACAUAUGCUUACCUCCCUUGGUGGUACAGGCACGUUGGUAUCAUGGGGUUUUGGAACAAUAAAUGUGAAUUAUCUAUUAAAAAAAAAUCAACAUAUCCCAGGAAUAGAAUAGAAGUCAUAGAAUCAUCAGGUUUUUUUAUUGAGGAAAAUAUUUUACUAGCGCUAAAGCUACAACUAUUGUGUAUUUAUAUACUUAUCUAGAAUUUAUGGUAUGGUAUGCAUCAGUUUUCGUGUACGAAGCCCAGUGGUUUUUGUAUUAUGCCCAUGCAAUAAAUGUCAGGUUAAUUUACUCUGCUUUUUUUUUUUAUCAGAUAUGCAAGCGUAUUAUAACAUCAUGGUAUAAAAGUAUGUGGGGUGUAGCCAAAUGUUAGAUAGGUGCCAUUGAGAGGUAGGCUUCCUUACCACCCCUGGCCUUCUGCAAGGGAAUGCCUGUGUUUAUUACAGAGAAAUAUGGGUCAGUUCUGAAUUGUUAUCAACACAAGGGAAUUGAAACCCACCUUUCUAUACCGUCCCAUAUAUGCAUGUGCAAAAUUUAGUCUGUGCAUGAAAGUUUUGUCUGUUCUCCUGAUUGUGUUAAUGACAUUGUCUUGGUCAUGAGCAAGGAUACUUUUGUCAUUUAAGGAUGUAUGGAAGCGCCCUUCACCGCCAGCUUCAUCGUGGGAUUUAGUUUUACAUCAAAGACAGCUUUUAUACUAUAGAAUGGAAAUCAGUCAACUCACUCACAAGUUCACCAAGUCCAGUCAGUGCCUGACAUUUACAUGGAUGUAGAAACUGAACUAGUAAUGGAGAUGAAGGACAGCUUCCAUCUGUGAAGUGACAGAAUACUGAAUUGUGAGUCAUGUCCAGUACAGAAACUUCACUCUGCAGCUGUGUGAGUGAAAUGUCAUUGUUCACAAAUUGUUGAUGUUGAAAAUGUGACGAAUAAAAUAAAUUUCAA